UCCUUCUUCUUUUUGAUAGUGUGUCUUCCUCUUUUUCUUCUUCUUCUCCGUCUUCUUCUUCUUCUUGUUUGUGUUUCUUCCUCUUCCUCUUCAGUUGUUUUUUUUCUGGUAUGGAUCAUAUCCGCUCAAUCAAAUGCUGACAUGUCUUUGUCUAUUGUUUUUCAUCAACCCGUAAUGAGUGCUUAAAAACGGUUUGUGUUCCUUUUCCUGCUAAAAUUAAUUUAAAAAAAGCUCUCUCUUGUUUGUUUUGAAGCUGCUUCAAGGGUCUCAGGGGAGCACUUCAGAUGCUAUACAACCUUGAUGAAGAUGAAGACGAGGAAGACAGGAUUCCACUAUAAACAAGGAAGGCGACCCUUAAAGAAAUCUCCUGACCCCUGCAAACACCGGCUUUGGCUGCCAGAUGCUGGGGAAUAAUGGAUGGGACUGCAGAAGGAAAGAUGGAGAGGUUGUGGCAGGCCGGUAGAUGAUGAAGUGAUGGAGAUGUUAGGAGGCCACGGCCAUUGUGAUGCUGGGUGGCUGUUACUCUGGAACUGCCAUCUGCCGAAAAGGGUGCUGUGUAAUGAUAUCCUCAGCCUGAAGGUGGCAGGAGAUCCAGUGCUAACCCCUAACUCGGUGUGUCUGAGGCUGGCAGGCCUCAGUAAACGUCAGAUGCGGAUGUGUGUGCGGAGCCCGGAUGUGACGGCCUCUGCUCUGCAGGGCAUCCAGGUGGCCAUCCACGAAUGCCAGCACCAGCUCCGGGACCAGCGCUGGAACUGCUCCUCGCUGGAGGGCCUUGGCAAGCUUCCCCACCACAACACCAUCCUCAACAGGGGUUUUCGUGAGAGUGCCUUCUCUCUGGCCCUGUUGGCAGCGGGUGUGGCUCACUCUGUGGCCUCGGCCUGCAGCAUGGGCAAGCUGCGGGGGUGUGGCUGCGAGGCCAAGCGUCGCCAGGACGAUGACAAGAUCCGGCUGAAGCUCACACAGCUGCAGCUGCAGACCCUGCAGAAGGGUGGAGUAGGCCUCGGCAUGGCGCGGUCAUUACCCUCAGAGCUAAACAGUCACCAUGGCGACCUGCCCGCUAACCUGCGCUCCACCCACCCCUCCGCCCUGCUCAAGCCUUUACCAGAUGAGCUGAGCUCCAUGCAGGAGACGUGGGAGUGGGGGGGCUGCAGUCAUGACGUCCGUUUCGGGGACCGUUUUUCCAGGGACUGGCUCGACUCCCGCGGGUCUCCAAGAGACAUCCACGCUCGCAUGAGGAUACAUAACAACCGGAUGGGACGACAGGUAGUGACUGAAAACAUGAAGAGGAAGUGCAAAUGUCACGGCACCUCAGGGAGCUGUCAGUUCAAGACCUGCUGGCAUGUGUCUCCAGAGUUCCGGCUUGUGGGUUCUCUACUCAAGGAAAAGUUCCGGUCAGCAAUCUUCGUCAACUCCCAGAACAAGAACAAUGGGGUUUUUAACCCUCGGACAGGAAACGGCGCCGGCGGGAGCACAGGGGGACUCAACGGAGGUCGCCGUCGAACCAUGUCCAGAGAGCUGGUGUACUUUGAGAAGUCCCCUGAUUUCUGUGAGCGCGACGCGUCCGUAGACUCUCCUGGCACACAAGGACGCAUCUGCAACAAAACCAGCUACGGCACAGACAGCUGCGGCUCGCUGUGCUGCGGCCGCGGACACAACAUCCUGAAACAGACACGCAGCGAGCGCUGCAACUGCAGGUUCCACUGGUGUUGCUACGUGCUGUGCGAGGAGUGCCGUCUCACAGAGUGGGUCAAUGUGUGCAAGUAGAUUCCAGUUCUCCCGGUCCCAGCUGCCUUUACCCAUCCAGGACUCAAGAUGGCGAGCCUGUCCCUUUCGCCCAUUCCUUUUGUUCGAGCGUUUGUUUUGCUCCUUGUGUAACUCUUCCAGAGAAUCUGUUUAUCCCCCCCACCCCUCCACCCUUUCCUUUUUUUUGGUCCAUCAUCUGGGAUCUAUUUUCUCUUUGUAGCCGCUGUUAUUCUCAAAAUGCCAAGUCAGAGAUUGAAGAGGUGACUCAUGUCAUUUGUCUUGCCAUGGUCUGUUUAGACACUGCCCUCUCAGCCAUGAAAACAGCCGAAACCCCCAUUUUCUCAAUCCCACAAAACAAAGACGAGCAACAGUAGAGAAACAUUUCAUGCUGACUCAUCUCAUUGUACAGUAGCUGUGUAUUUUAAUGUGUACAUGUAUAUUUGUAAAUGUAUUAUUAUUAAUAUUA